GUUCUCAUUCUUGUGGGUCUAUCAGACCAUCCGCCAACCAUGAAUGGACUUUUUGUGGUCUUCCUUCUCAUCUAUCUGAUGACUCUUAUCACAAACCUUCUAAUUUUUUUUCUUAUCCUCACUGACUACAAUCUGCACAACCCAAUGUAUUUUUUUCUCAGCAAUUUGGCUUUUCUGGACAUGUCCUAUUCAUCAGCGAGUGGACCAAGGAUGCUUUAUGACUUGGUCACCAAAAAACGAUCAAUAACACUCCCUGCCUGUAUAGCCCAAAUCUUUUUCUUUCUCUGCUUUGCUACCACAGAGUUCCUCUUGCUCUCGGCGAUGUCCUAUGACCGGUACGUCGCCAUUUGCCACCCUCUACGUUACACACAAAUUAUGUCCUGGAGGGUGUGCAGUCAUUUAGCGCUUGUGAUUUGGAUCUUCGGCUUUAUUUAUUCCUUGGCUCAUAUUCUUUGUUUGCUCAGGUUGUCCUUCUGUGGUCCAAAUGCCAUCCACAACUUCUUCUGUGACCUUCCACACUUGUUCCAGAUUUCAUGUACUGACCCAACACUUAACAUAGUGCUCAUUUUUACACUGGGCAGCAGUGUGGUAAUAGUGGCCUUUCUUUUCCUAUUCCUUCCAUAUGUCCGUAUUUUCAGCACGGUUCUCCAAAUUAAAGGCAGAACUGGAAAGCUGAAAGCAUUCUCCACCUGCACGUCGCACCUCUUGGUGGUCUUCACGUUUUAUAGCUCUUUAAUUUUUAUUUACUUUAUUCCCACCUCCAGCAAUAUGUUUAGUGUGAACAAGCUGUUUUCAGUCCAGUAUGCCCUCAUUAACCCUUUACUUAAUCCUCUGAUCUACAGCCUGAGGAAUGCCGACCUUAAGGCAGCAUUAUUGAGGGCCUUAAGCCGCUUAAAGAAAAAACACCUAAAACUAGAUUUAGAUACAAAUUAA